GAGGCAGGAAGGUUUGUCUCAACGUAAAGCCUUUUUCAAAAAAAAAAAAAAAAAAAGUGAAACACAAUACAAUGGCAAAGAAAUCUUUUGUAGUGUCAGGCCUAAUCGUGGCCCUAGUCGUCGCACUAGGAUGGAACAUCGAUGAAGCUGCAGCGAGAGACGUGAAGCUAGUGAAGCUCCGCGAUGUCAAACCCGAAACUUUGAAAAAGUUACAAGGAGAAGAAAAAAGUGAACUGAUGAAAGAAGAGUCCAAAGCCAAUCUUCUAAAGGAAAUUGAGAAGGCGAAAAAAAUGCUUGGAGAGUUGAAAACGUUGAAGAAGACAUCAAGCGGUGAUAUGAAAAGCGAACUGAGCUCUUUGGUGAAAUCUGAAUCGCUGCUUAAUGAGAUGACAGAUUCUAUCAAGAACGGUAAGUACAACGCUAACGAAGCAAACAUUUUCGUUGAAAAAGAAUCAUUUUUCUACAGAGCGUGGAAGGAGAAUGCAUAUAACUCGGUGGUUCCGGAGAAAGAGAAAGAGUUCAUGUUUACCAUUAAACGCAUUGUCAAGUUGCUCAAGAAAACUUAGAACAAGAAUAUUGGCAGAUUUAUAAUAUCUAGUAAUUAACCUUUUUGAUUAACAAAAUAAAAAUCAUAAUAGUGAAAAGAGAAAAAAUCUUGUCACACACAGACGCAUUCAACAUACAAUAUAUGCAUAUAUGUAUCAAUGAUUUUAUUGUGUAACAAACAUUUUUGUAAUUUAGCAUGUCCAUGUUGUAUUUGGUUGAAAAUACUAAAAAUAAA